AUGGGCUCAACCGGACCCGAGUAUUCGUAUCCCUUGCGCACUUCCAAAGACCCGUACUAUGAUCUCGGGUCAUUGAGUCGCAAGAUUAGCACCGUGUCCGAAGAAGCGCAGACUUGGUUCAAUCGCGGUCUCAUUUGGACAUAUUGCUUCAACCACGAUGAAGCAAUCACAUGUUACAAACAAGCCAUCGCUCACGAUAACGCCUGCGCAAUGGCUUAUUGGGAUGCCGAUCGCAUAAAUGCUAUCAAAAAUUGCUUCGUUUAUUCCCAGGCAGCCCUUCAACGCGCGGGAAAUGCUUCCCCGUGGGAACAAGCGCUCAUCAAAGCUUUGGCUAUACGCUAUCCAAAUGACGACCCUAAUAAGGACUUUCUGGCUUGCAGCAAGGCCUACGCAGAUGCCAUGCGCAAGUCAUAUCAAACCUUCGGCCACAGCGACUUUGACUUUAUCACACUUUUCGCUGACGCGUUGAUGAACUGUGCUCCGCGCAAGUUGUACGACGCUGCGACGGGAUUGCCCAUCGCAUCAUCGCCAGUCUUCGAAGUCAAAUCUUUGCUUGAGAAAGCGCUGAAACUACCUGGUGUAGAAAAACACCCCGGGCCCGCGCACAUGUAUAUUCACCUCAUGGAAAUGUCUGCCACGCCCGAGGCUGCUUUGCCUGCCGCGGACAUGAUUCGCGACUUGGUAGCAGACACCGGCCAUACCUACCAUAUGCCCGCGCACAUUGAUGUUCUUGUAGGCGACUACAGACGUGCUGUGGAGUACAAUCUGAAGGCAACGAUCGCCGACGACAAAUAUUUCGCGCAGAGUGGUGGCCUGACUUUUUACAGCUACUAUCGUCUACACGACUACCACUCACUCAUAUAUGCGGCGAUGUUAGCUGGGAAAUCCAAGGCUGCAUUCGAUGCAACGGACCGCAUGGAAGCAACUAUUACCGAAGAAAUUCUGCGUGUGGAGACUCCCAUGCUAGCAAAUUGGAUGGAGUUCUUCAAAGCAGUGCGCGUCCAUGUUCUGAUUCGCUUUGGAAGGUGGGACGAGCUCAAGGCUCUUGAGCCUCCCGAGGAUCGAGAAUUGUACUGUGUAACUAAUGUCAUGAGACAUUAUGGCAAAGCCAUUGCCUACGCGGCCACGGGUCAAAUAUCCGAGGCUGAUCAAGAGCGAGUACGCUUUGAAGAAGCGUCAAAAUUGGUUCCGCCCUCGCGACUGGAUUUUCCCAAUAAAAUAACCGACAUUCUCAAGGUGGCAUCGGCAAUGUUAGAUGGUGAGAUAGAAUAUCGACGGGCGAAUUUUGAGACUGCAUUUGCUAGGCUACGCGAGGCAAUUGUCUUUGAAGAUGAGCUACCUUUCGCUGAGCCAUGGGGAUGGAUGCUCCCGGCACGACAUGCCUACGCAGCUUUAUCCCUGGAACAAGGACACGUUGAACAGGCCGCCCAGGCUUAUGCGGAGGACUUGGGCCUGUACCCAACGCCCAAACGUGCACAUCAGCAUCCGAAUAACGUCUGGGCUCUGCAUGGUUAUCACGAGUGCCUCGAGCGACUGGAGCGCCUUUCAGAGGCGAAUAUCAUCAAACAGCAGUUGAAACUGGCCCUUGCCGAGGCGGACGUGUCCAUUACGUCCUCUUGCUUUUGUAGGCUUGGGGUGGUAGCAGACAGUGGUGAGAAGGGAGGAAGAAAUGGGGUUGUGAAAGGAGUUGCGAAUGGCAUCACGAAUGGGAAAUGCUGUUCAUCUACUCCGAGCUUUCAAUAG